UGGCUUAGGUUUUAAGCGCGAGGAUCCCUCAACUGUACACUGGAAGAACAUGCCUAUCAUUAAUGAGAAGGGCAUGUGCCACGGCUACGGCCUGCCACACGAGACAUUCAGCUGGGCCAUAAGGUCCGAGCCAGGUGUAGUAGGCGCUUUCGAGAAAGUCUACAAAACCGAAGACCUGGUUGUUUCCUUUGACGGUCUCAAUUUUGCGUUCCCCAACCGUACAGAUCUCAAGGCUAACAGUCCUUGGCCUCAUCAAGAUCAAGAUCCAGAGGAGCCUGAUUUCAGAUGCUUACAGGGUCUUGUGAAUCUCUUGCCCAACGGACCCAGUGACGGUGGCUUGAUCGUUUGUAAAGGCGCACACCAAGCCAGUGAGGAGUUUCAUAAGCUCUUCAAGGAUGAGCAGGAUAAGAUCUGGGCUUGGACCAAAGAGUGGUAUGGCUACACCAAAGCAGGCAUGGCUUGGCUUGAGAGCAAGGGUUUCCAGUGGGAGAAGGUUUGUGCCGAGCCUGGCGAUCUCAUUGUCUGGGACUCUCGCACCCCUCAUUAUAAUCUUCCCCCAACGGGGAGCACUCCUCGCUUCUGUGCCUACACGUGCUACCUUCCGGUAGCCGAGGUCAGCAAAGAAGAUCUUCUGCGCAAGAAAGGCGCCUUCGAAGAUUGUCAGAGCACCACGCAUUGGCCAAAUGCUGUUCAAGAAGUCGUGCUACCUAUACUUCGCGAUGGUGUCGAGGAUCACCUCAACUACCGCAUUCCCAAGUCUGGAAGGCCUCAGCUCAGUGAGAGAGCAUACAAGCUUACUGGUAUUCCAUACAUCGAGACCAAGGCGUGAUACGGGAGGAGAAUUGCAAGGGAUGCACAUCCACACAGUAUAGCUCGAUAAUCGAUAGAUCGCGGCCGAUACUUGACAGAUAAUUAUGCUUGGAACUUUGAUAUGGUUAUUUGAAGGUGAUUGUCUCUUGUCCAAGAACCACUGCUAAUGC